UAAACAUAGGGAUGAUGAAAAAGCAAAUGGCUGACGAUACGUCGCUAGAGAUUCCCUGACUAUAGAAUCCAAUUUAAUUCCAUGAAUUAUGCACUCUUUAUGAUUAUGACUAGCAAAAUAAGACUGCCAAAACAAUAAAGAACUGAGAUUACUAUAUAUUUGCUAAAGAAAGCUUUUGAAAAGGAUAAGAAAUACCAAAUAAAAUCAGACCAUUUAUCACAACUCAGUAAUUCGCAAAAAGGACUUUUCGUGUCUGCACUGGAUAUAUGUCCGUUUAUUACCUAGUUGGUGUAAUGUGAAGCCUUCAAGGGCGGAGCCCCGCCCCCGACUACCAUGGAUCGAGUUUACGAGAAGCGUCACAGCAAGCACCACAAGGAGAAGCACAAGAAGCAUAGAAAGCACAGGAGCCGCAGUGGUACUCAUGACCAAUCUUACGCCACUUCCAAUUCUAUGAAACCGUUGGUGGAGUAUUCUGACGUCAGUUCAGAGGACCUGACGGGUCCAGAGGCCGGAGAGAUUGAGAGCGAGGCGAGCUCGAUAAGUCGGCAUAUUGCAGACGACCUUGACAGAACAAGAAAGUCCCACUCCAUACGGACUUUUGUCGAUAACAAGACAAUAUCUGUCACAACUACUACAACUUCCCGUCGGGCAAUUGAAGAAUAUCCUCUUACACGUGAUUCUUCUUCAGCAGCUAGAAAGCGGAACCGGCUUGAUUAUGUCGACCCAGAAGUAGAAUUCGAUGAUCACCAUUACAAGAAGAAGAAAGAGAAGAGGAAGAAGGACAAAAAGAAGCGUAAGAAGAAGUCUAGACACCCAUCUCGCUCUGCUAGUCUUGAGAGCCUCUCUCCUGAUGACAUUGGGCCGGUGGAGACACCUGUGAGGCCCCCUGUGUCGCCCCAGAGAUAUGACAAGGUUCCUGUGAGUGAGUGGGAGAAGCCAUCGUCGCCGUUGCGUAACGGGUCGUGUUCCCCGGUGUCGCCGACCACGCCGCCCCUGCAGAGACACCAGUCUCCGCUGCACCGCGCGGUUCCACAUCGGGAAACCUCGCUGCAUCCGAUACCUUUCUCUCCACGUCGAGAUUCUCCAACAAUAGUCAGAAGGCGACAGAAGUCUACAACGCCGCACACGCCCGUCGCCCCGCCGUACCUCCACGACACAGUCACGAUAGACUCCGACAAUGAGCCGGAGUACGAUCGCAGGCGGGACUACUAUGACGCGCACCCGCAGUCGCCGAUCAUGAUUAUAUCAGAUUCUCCAGUACACGAGACAACCCGCCGCGACUACAGUCCGAGGCGGCCGCGGCGGCGACACCGUAGUCGGGACCGCGACCGCCACCGCAGUCGAGAUCGUGACCGACAUCGCGACUCCAGAGCCUUGCACAGGUCUCAUAGCCGCAGCUCGCUGAAGCGCCGCCGCUCGUCGUCGCGCGGCCGCCGGCGCGGCUCCACGUCCUCCCCGCCGCGACACCGGCCCCGACACAGGGACGCAUCCAGAGAUAAACACAGAAGUAAACACUCGCCGAGUCCACCAUCCACGGUACUGCAGAGGAAGAUCGACUUUAAGGAGAAGAUCAGCGACACAAGUCUGUUUGCUGAACUCGUCAAGGACAAGCAUAAGAGGGCUAAGAAGCUGCAAGAGAUCCUGAACCAGAAGGAGGAGGAGUCUCAGGGCGCAGUCUCCACCACCGCGUCAGAUAAGCAAGACAACGAUGACUUGUCCAACGCCACUGUCGACAAUGCCUCGCAACCAUCAAAAGAAAACGGCGAGAACACCCGUGAGAGCCAGAGCGACGUCGUGGACAUCCCCAUGCCGGGCGCCGUACCCGGCCCCGCGCCCGCCCCCACGCCCGCCGCCAACGGGGAGGCCAACGGCUCCGACGGGGAUAUGGUUGGUCCCGUGACGCCAGCACCGCUGCCGCCGCUACCGAAGGUGUCGGGCAGCGUGGUGGAGGGCGUCUACAACCAGAACACCCAGCCGCCACCACCCAAACCCAAGAGCCUGACCAAACUGCCCAUGCCGCCUAACACACAGGUUGAUGAUCUGAAGUCCCUGGCGAACGAGAGUCCACUGAGCACGCCGUCGCCGAGCCCCGUCAAGAAGCCCGACAAACCCAAGAAGACUGGCAUCAUGAACCUGCCUAUGCCUCCUGUGAUACCCGGCUCAGAAGAGUUGAGCGGAGACGAGUUGGACGGGUCGACGCCGCCGCCCGCGUCGCGCCGGGACCAGUAUUCGCACAUGUUCACCUCCAAGAGGGCAAGAGAUAGUACGGGACCAAAACUGAAGAGGCCUCGCAUCCUGAAGAGACGAGGCUCGAAAGUGGUUCCCGUGGCCACUCCUACGCACCACGCUAAGGACUGGGGCGAGAAGUGUGUCGAUGGCUUCCAGGUCAUAACACAAAUAGGUGAAGGCACGUACGGCCAAGUAUACAAAGCCAAAGACAAGAAUACGGGACAACUAGUCGCACUGAAGAAGGUCCGUCUUGAGAACGAGAAGGAAGGCUUCCCGAUCACAGCCGUCAGGGAGAUCAAGAUUCUACGGCAAUUGAACCAUAAGAACAUAGUCAAUUUGAGGGAAAUUGUCACUGACAAGCAAGACGCUAUGGACUUUAGGAAGGACAAAGGUUCAUUCUAUCUGGUAUUCGAGUAUAUGGACCACGAUCUCAUGGGGCUCCUAGAGUCGAAGAUGGUUGAUUUCACGGAGUGCCACAACGCGUCAAUCAUGCGACAGCUGCUUGACGGCCUAGCGUACUGUCAUAGGAAGAAUUUUCUACAUAGAGACAUCAAGUGCAGUAAUAUAUUGAUGAAUAAUAAGGGCGAGGUGAAACUUGGGGACUUCGGUCUGGCCCGCCUGUGGUCAGCUGAAGACAGGCAGCGGCCCUACACCAACAAGGUGAUCACGCUGUGGUACCGGCCGCCGGAGUUACUACUAGGGGAGGAGCGGUACGGCCCCGCCGUCGACGUCUGGUCCAUGGGUUGUAUCCUUGGCGAGCUGUUCUUGAAGCACCCGCUCUUCCAGGCUAACGUAGAAAUGAUGCAAUUGGAGAUGAUCUCAAGGGUAUGCGGCACCCCCGUGCCGGGCGUUUGGCCGAACGUCGUCAACCUGCCUCUAUGGCACACACUCCGUCCGAAAAGGUUCCACAAGCGCUGUGUCCGGGAACAGUUCGCGUUCAUGCCGCAGCCGGCGCUCAACCUGCUGGAUAGGAUGCUGGAACUGGACCCGGACAAGCGGAUCACUGCCGAGGAGGCGCUCAAGAGCCCCUGGUUGAAGAACGUCGUACCUGAUCAGAUGACAGCUCCAGAGCUACCAACAUGGCAGGACUGCCACGAGCUGUGGUCGAAACAGCGGCGGCGGCAGCAGCGCGAACAGGACCAGCAGUCCAAGCCGAAGCAGUACUUCGGGUCGGAAGACAAGCCCGAUCCCAACUUCAAGCAAGACUCCAACCAAUCAGACUCCAGCUUCAAAUCCGACACCUUCAAACCCACAGAUGGCCCUGUGGCACAGGAAGCCGUCGGACAAGUGAAAUAGUAUAUGGACUACUAUUGUGGCUGAGGGCGACAACUCAGAUGAUAUAGGAAGUGUCGUAAGUGCAGACGUUAUAAGUGCGCGCGACACAACUAACUCGGGGGAAUGACUGGGUGGGCUCAGGAUCAGGAUCUCCACUCAGGAGAAGUCUUGACAGCCACUCGCAUUCAUUUAUGCUUAUAGUGCAAUAGUGAAGUGCAUUAAAGUAUUCAGUUUAAGACUGUUGUAUACUAUAUGUGCCUGGGUAACUCGUCACUAAGAAAAAUGAUUAUCAAGUGUUGUUCCCAUGGUGAUGUAUCAAGUACAUAGUGAUGAUAAGUGGCAAUAAACAUUCGAAGGACAAGUGCUAUUUAGUUAGUGAAAACGGUGCUUCGACCAAUUUGACUUGUGAUUUUAUAUGUAAGACAAACGGGGCCACAGAUACCCAUGUAAUGGCUUCCUGAACAUCCUGGGAAUGUGAGGGCAUUUGUAAAAUAUAUAUUGAUAUGAUAACCAUAUUCCUUGUUUUAUUCCGUUUUAGCAUUGUCGUGUGUAAACAUUGGAACGGGCAUUACUCUCAACUCUUCUAAGCCGUGAUUAGCAAUGUAUUGAAUAUGGCCUUAAAAGUACUGAGCCCUCACUAUUUCAUGAUGAUAAUAUUUUAGAUCAUUCAAAAUUCUAGUGUGUACCAAAAUUAACUGAAUAGAAUAACCAAAGUAUUGAGCAUAGCGCUAGUUACCUGCCAAUAUAAUGAUAUUGCAGCAUAAAAUGUAAAUGACUUGUUCAUAAUGUACAUAGUGUAAUUAAGUUGUCCAUAAUUGUCUCAAAAGUGCUGUAGUGUGACUGAGAAAAGAUUUCUAAGGGCCUUAGACUAUUAUGUUAAGUAUUUGUAAUAGGAAUGCAAAAGUAAUGAAUGAAUUGUGGUAUUAAAACACUGGGACAAAAUAAUUGUUGCCGAUUCAAAUGUGAGGUGACAUAAGUGUGUAUUGUUAAAGAAGGAUGUUCAAUGCUUGUUUUUGUUAUCGGGCUCAACAUUUUGUGAAUGAUUUUGGAAUGAAGGACUUUCCAGGCUAUGUUCUUCAAAAACAUAAUAGAUGGUGCUGAAAAAAUUUUCUUUCAUUUAACUUUCUAAUUUCAUGGUUAACAAACAUGCAUCCUUUUAUCAUUGUUUUUGGGCGUAAAUGAUGACCCUUUGUAUUACACCCAGGCACAAUUAUGUCUUCCACCCAUUAUUAUUCUGAUAAAAAUUAAGAGAAGCAAUAUAGGUAGCAACAUAAUUCUAUACAUAAUAAGAUCCAAAUAAGCAAUAAUUAUUUUCAUAUAUACUUCUGCCAUUACAUUCUAUUUUUGACUAAUUAUGUACCCGAGUAAUGAGAAAAUAGGCAAUUAUCUCGUAAAAUCUCAACAGGGCCAUCUAUAUUAUUUUGUGUGCGUCAAGCUAGCGGCCUCAAAAAAAAAUGGGCACGAAAAAAUAAUUUGACCAUACCAAAAAAUAGUACUCUUAUUGAAAAAAAUAGUACCUGUUGUAAAAAAAUUAGUACCAUCACGGUUCUGGAUUUAUAGCCAUGUUUUAUUGCACUUGCUAGCUUGACGGUGAGCGAAAUUUGGCGAGAGUUAACGACAAGGUCUUUCGCUUUGAUUUAAACGCCAAAAAAUAGUAUCGAAAUAGUACUCACCCCCUGCAAAAUACCGAAAGUAGUACUUCAACGGUUCCAAAGUUAUAAAGGUAGUUCUUUGAUCCCGCUAGCUUGACGUUUUGAAAAUACCUAUUAUCUGGGGAAUGCUUGCAUACUUCAGUUUGUAACUAAUGUCAAUAAACUCGUAUGAAAUAGUACUCCCUACCAUCAUAAUUUGGACCUGAUUCUCUUUGUAGAAAUAUGUCAAAAAGUCAUUAUAACCUAUGUCAUACAUUUAUCAAGACGAGUACAGUCGCGAACAAAAUUAUUACACAUGGUCAAGAAUGUUGUCAGAUUUCAGUAUUUUUCCCCA